AUGUCCGACGACAGCGAAUUCUCUUAUCCCGACUACGCGUCGAAAUACGCUCUCCCUGAUGACCGUGAUGAGCCCCUCGCAAUCCGGCUCAUCCAAAUCCAACCGCGCAUUGGAGAUAGCCCCCCUACCGAAAACAAAAUUGUCUUGAGGAUGCGGGUGGUGAGUCUGGAUGCGUCGCAACUGGUCUCUGGUGAGAGUCCAAUCCCAACUGGAAGGCCUUCUGUGCGCUUUGACGAGGAGAUGAAUUUGGAUCGACCACAGGAGAUUUUUGGCAUUGCAAGAUGCUCAAUGCCUCGUCCGCAAGGCCAACAAACACCCGCAACGAAGCAUCGAGGAAGAAUGAGUCGGUUCAUCACCAAGUUGAAACCCAAGCCGGGCACAGCCAAGCAGGACACCACAUUAGUUCCCCUCAGUGACGUUCCGGACGGAGAACCGAAGGUGCGCAACAGGUUCACCUGGGGAAACUAUGUUGCUAUGUCUUACUCUUGGGGCAAGAAAGAGGAUUGGGAAUUCACAGAAAAGGAGAGGGAAGAGGCUGCUCGCAAGGAGGAGGAGGAAAACGAGAAAAAGCGAUUGGACCCCACAUAUAAGCCCGCUGUGACUGACGAAGACGACGACGCGGGGACUUACACGGACGGCGACGUACACGAAGUCAUUCUGGACGGCAAGCGGGUCAGAGUGCGAUACAAUCUAUGGGCUGCUUUGUUGGCGUUCCGUGAGAUGGCGCCAUUCAAAGAAGGCAUCUGGUUGUGGAACGAUGCUUUGUGUAUCAAUCAGCAAUACGAGACCGAGGCUGGACUCAAAGACCAGGCGAGGCAGCUCCCUCUCAUGUCGGUCAUAUACCGCCAAGCGGGCAACAUCAUCAUCCAUGCCGGCGGCGGAUAUCAUCACGACGAGGACACGCCAUGGGUUCUUGAAUACCUCCAAGAGAUUGGCGUCAACUAUCGCACAGAAUACUACGAAGCUCUCGAUCAUGCCGAGCCUACAAUUGCGCAUUCCCACAGAUUUCAGGCAGAAUUAGAGCUGAAGAAAGCGGCCCGCGCGUGGGUGGAAGGGGCACAAGAGGACAUGCGGAAAGCAGCGCGGCAGGGGGAUACCGAUUACGCCAUGGUUUCGCUCUACGACUUCUUCGACCGCCCGUACUGGCGGCGACUGUGGAUCAUUCAGGAACUGGCAAUGGCACACAGCAGCGCGCCCAUUCUCUGCGGAGAUAUCGUUACUCAGUGGCGCUAUGUCCGGGACGGAGCGCUGCUGCUAUCCAUGAUGGCCGAUGCGGUACGCGACUCUAUGCAGCGAGCACUGGCAGCGAGUGGCCGGUCUACGAAACGCGAACCUUCUUUCGAGCACGUCGCCGCCAUUGCCGAACUCGCCAUGUUCGGCAACCGUAAGGAGAUACCGCAUACCGAUAAGCUGUUGCUCAUGCUUCAACCCGGGGUCAUGGAUGUCCAGAGCCACUCAUCUCAUCCAAUGCUUACGGCGACGGGCGUCCGGAUGCCUCUUAUGAACAACUUCCCAGGCUCUCCCAUUCACCAAUCGCUCACCCUUGCUGCGGAUGCUCAUUGUGGCUUUGAUAAGGAUAGAGUGCUCGGACUCCUCGCACUGCCUGCCCUCGAGAAGCUUCCACUACAGAAUAACGCGGAGUUUGCCCGUCUCUCUGCGACGGAUAUUUAUCUCCAAUACGCAAAAGCUUGCAUCAAAGCCGACCAUUCACUCGAUAUAUUCUCUUUGAUCGAUGGUGGAAGCUCUGCACCCGAUGAAGGAAGGACUGUGCCGUCAUGGUGUCCACGUUUCCAUGUCAAGUCCAAAAUUGGGCGCAUCGAAGGAAAGUGGCAUGCCCAACCUUCUCGUCCAAAGUACAAACCAGGUGAUUUCGAGUCGUUCGAGUUUGAGACGAACAUGGCACCGAAGUUUGAGGGUGAUAACAUGAUCUGCCCAGGCUGGGUCAUCGACACUGUCGAUGGCCUCGGGGCCCUGAAUGAAUCGGACAUGUCUUACUUGGUCCCAGAGACUUUGCACCGUGAUGAUAGCUUCCUGUACAAGAGAAACUGGGACUUCAUCCAAGCCAACCGUGAACUCCCCAUCGCCGGCAAGCCACUCUCAUCCUACUUUACCUUCCAGCCUAUCCAGCAAUCCCAUCUCAAUAGGCUCAACGGCUCCGAUGAGCACUCGUACCACAAGAUUGCGGAAGCUCACCGGGCCAUGGAAGCGCGCACCAGGUUACGCCGGCUGAUGACAACGUCGAACCGAGCCCUUAUGGGUCUUGUGCCAGCCUCGACUCAGCAAGGAGAUGUGGUAAUCAUCUUAUACUAUCACAGCCGACCUUUGAUUGCUACAGUAGUCAUACCGGACGGUGCUCCUGAAGACACUGAUGAUAUUGUUUUCAAACUCAAAGGCGAAGCAUUCAUUCCUGGUGUCAUGAACGGGGAGCUGGCUGACUCGGGAGAACUGGAUACACUACCUUUAAACAACUUAACGUUCAAUUAG